AUGUACUUCGUCAGUGGCCCCUAUUUCUUCAUCUUUCCGUGCCUCUGUCUGCCUGAAUAUCUUGGCAUUUUCAUCAGAAAUGAUCCUAGUAACCAACCACCAUCGGGGUUAGUCCACUUAGUGAAUGAUCAUGUUAUCACGUUUAGGAAUGAAAUGGACGAAGCCCGCGCAGAGAGAGCACUUCUAAAAUAUUAG